CUUUGCUUUUUUUCUUUUUUUUUUUUUUGGUCUUAUUUUCUUGUCUUGACAUUGCAACAUGCUUCCUCCAUUAACUGAUUCUAUUAUUGACAAUGUUGGCUCGACACCCAUGGUCAAGCUACAACUUCAACAAAAUGUGAGUAUAGUCGCGAAAUUGGAAUAUUUAAACCCUUCAGGAAGCGCUAAAGACAGACUUGCCAAAUAUCUGUUGGAUAAAUAUGAAAAAGAGAAUCCUUUUCGUGAUGCAUCCAGAAAUAAAACAUUAAUUAUUCCUACUUCAGGUAAUUUGGGUAUCUCUUUAGCUACGCUAGCGGCUAAGCGUCAUUAUUAUCGAAUUAUUGCUAUAUUACCUGAACGUACUUCAAGUGAUCGCAUUGCAGUAUUAAAGGCUUUAGGGGUGGAAAUCCUGAGAUCACCUAAUGAGGUUAGACCUGAAGCACCUGAAAGUGCUUAUUCUGUUGCUGCUAAACUUGCUGAACAAUUAAAAAAUGCCAUCAUCAUGGACGAGACAAAACUACGUGAUUUAACAGCUUAUCAUGAAUUAGCACAAGAAAUUAUUGAACAAACUAAAACAAUUCAAGUGGAUUCUAUAUUUGUAGGUGCAGAAUCAGGUGCCAUGCUAACAGGCAUUGCACACUAUAUCAAAGAAAAAUUACCCAAUAUUAAGAUUAUUGGCGUUGAACCUGCUGAAUCAAUUUUAAGUGAUACAGAACCAAAUUAUCCAAUCCGUCCUGAUUGGAAAAUAGAGGAUUUGGGUAACAAUUUUUUACCAGAAAGUUUAAAUAAAAGAUUAGUAGAUGAAUGGGUUAAAGUCUCUGAUAAAGAAGCCUAUUCUGUUGCACGUCGAUUAAUUCGGGAUGAAGGCAUUCUCUGUGGACCUUCAUCAGGUGCAGUGGUAGCGGCUAUUCACAAAACUCAUUAUACCUCUCCUGUUGUCAUUCUAAAUGAUGCAGCAAAGAAUUAUACAUCCACUCUCUUAUCAGAUGAUUGGUUAUUUGAAAAUGAUUUAGCUGAUGACUUGAUCACGCGUGAAUUGCAAUACAUUUCACAGGAUAGAUACCGUGCUGCUAGUGUAGAGGAUCUUCAAUUAGCUGCUGCUGUCACUAUUAACCCUAGCAGUACCGUUUCGCAUGCAUUUGAUUUAAUGUUAGAGCGUGAAUACUCUCAAUUACCUGUGAUUAACAAAACGAAUAAAAAGCUUGUAGGCUACGUCUCCUUGAGUGCUUUGCAAGAUCAGUUGGAAAGGGGCUCAGUUCAAUUAACAGAUACAGUAGAGUCCUGUAUGUACACAUUUAAAAAGGGAAGUGAAGGAGUGAAUAAAAAAUAUGAAAUCAUUACACCUGAUACUAGUUUAGCUGAACUUGCUAAAUUCUUUGAAAGAAACUCAUUUGCAGUGAUUACAGAUGCACAUAGAAAAUGGUGCCUUGGUGUAGCCACAAAAUAUGAUUUAAUUAGUUUCUUACAUCGUCGUCAAUUUUUAUAAAAUAAAUAAUUAUACAUGUUUUUUUUAUUUA